GCGCGUGAAGUACUGGCAUGGUGAAGCAUGACCAAAGUUCAAUAGAGACAUUUCGAGUUAAGAUCUCACAUCUCUGACAUCCCCAAGAUACAAAGUACUGUACAUGCAAGUUGAAAUCAUCAGUACUUGGUUUCCUUUCUGGCUGAAGGCCUACAUCGCCUCGUCGUUGCGCAAUCGGAUUCAGUCAUUCUAAAAUCUCCCUAGCAACAGUCCAAAUAUAGUUGGUUCAGGUUCAACGCUGGUCGAACAGCUGAAGAACCUUGAGGAGAAUGCGACAUACCAUUUCCAAUGCAUAAUCUAUUGUCGCUACUUAGGAUACAUCCCCUGAUUAGGACAAUCUGGGUGAUACAACCCUCUUAGCGAUGUUACGUCCGCAUUCGGACGUUGGUAUCCAUCCUUUUGCACCUACAUUGAGCGAGUCCGAUGCUAAGAUGUCAUGGGUUCCAGGAUGCAUCAUAUCCCUCAUCCUAGCAAACAAUCUUACUCCGCAUUCACACUCUUCACUUGCGAAUAUCCGUCUUCUCUAUCUCCCAGCAAUCUGCAAUGUGAACUCCGUCGUCUACAUUAACGACAUCUCCCAUUCUGCGUAUGGAUAUACUCUAUACGUUUAUGAAUGCGAGCCCUGGUCUGGCACGUGGAGGUACAAGGUUCGGUACCAGAAAGUGGCCCCCAAUAGCCUGAGCAUAGUCUGGAGCGCUCCGUUUUUCAUCAACCAUAAUUGGCUCACCGCCACCUCACCCGUCUCGCAACCGGUGGCAUACUAUGUGCCGUCUUAGAGUGCGUCCUAGGCGGCACACUACGCUUAGUGUACUGCAGCCAUAUACUGCUCCUUUCUGUCUUUGUGCUUUUUUCUGUAUCAGUAUAACACGUCGUACGCCUCCCAAUAUGAUUUGAGCAAUCUUGAUCAGUGACGAU